GCAGACGCUGUCUGCAUCCCUGGGCCAGGCCCAGCGGGGAAGGGCUUCUUCCCCAGGACUCUGCACCUCCGCCUCCAGGACCUCAGGAGAAGGCCCCUCCCCAGGCAUUGCUCUAGAGAAAAAUGGAUCCAGAAGAGGCCAUGGGGCUGGCAGAUACAGGACAGGAGGCUGAGGAGUCAGAGUAUUUUAACCCCCUCCUGAGACCUGUUCUCUUGGGAGAAGUGGAGGGCGUACAGCAGAUUUUUGAGAACCCAGAGGAUCCCAACCAUGAGAAGGCUAUGCAACUGCUGUUGGAAAAGGACGUUAUUGGGAGAGACAUGCUGUAUGCAGCAUGCAUGGUUGGACAGAGCGAAGUCAUCAGAGCACUGGCCAAAUAUGGGGUAGACAUGAAAGAUAAAACACCCAGAGGUUACACACUCCUUCACUGUACUGCUGCAUGGGGACAACUAGAAACUUUGAAAAUUCUGGUAGAACUGGGAGCUGAUAUUGUAGCAACCACUUUCCGAGGCGAAAAGGCCCGAGAUAUUGCCUGCCGCUAUGGCCAGGCUGAGUGCGUCGACUUCCUGGAUUGGUCAGAAGCUAAACAGACCCUGCAGAUGUUCAUCAGCCACGUUCAGGCAACAAUCACAGACCCAGAGAAGGUGCAGGGAAGGCUGAACAAGGAAGACAAGAAUGCCUCUCUCAGUGCCUGUCGUGCAAAAUCUGACUGGCUCAACAGCACCAAGGAGGCCACCAGGCUGGACUUUCUGGCUCAGAAGCAGGAGCUGGAAGAUAAAAUGCUUCCCAUCUUCACUAAAAUGGCCACACCCCGUCUUCCAACUGCAAAGAAUGUUAAAUCUUCAGUAAGCAGCAGCAGAAUCUGAUGUCACAUUUUUCCAGAGCCCGUUAAUCUCAGAAUAGAUCUUUACAACAAGGAAGAAACUGACAGAUGGGAAAGAACGGUGAAACUGACUACAGAAAACCAUUGCUAAAUGAACAGAAGAAAAAUAACAACAAUUUCAAUAAAAAACCUCCAUUUUGA